AUGUUUUUGUAUUUCCUUUUUGUUUUAUUGUUUACUCUUGGUGAAGCAAAUGAACGAACAAGAAUUAGAAAACAAGCAAAUAAAUUUGCUAAAGAAAUAACUAAUAAAAUGAUGGAUGUUAAAAUUAAUAUUGAAUAUAUUAGGAAACCAGUCCAAUAUGAUUUUAACGUAACUAAUUGCCCUUCUUCAAAAACUGCUCAGUGUGUGUUAUGCAAAGAAAAAGUUAUUGAAGAUGAAGAGUUUUGUGAUAAACCAAAAACUGAAAUAGAGAAGUGUUUGUGCCUUGCAAGUAAUCACCAUUGGAGAACAAUGUAUGAAAAUGUUGAAGAUAGACUACAAACUGUUAAUGAAGCUUGUAGUUUUGUUUGUGAAAACUCUACAUUGAAAAGUCAAACAACAAAUUUCAAUCAAACUGGACUUAAAACAACGAAUAAUUCAAAUAGCCUCUGUGUCCUUCUUUUGACUAUUCUUAUGGUUUUCAUCAUUUAA